AGUAUAAUGUUCCGGCGACUACUUAUCCUUCGCCUCAUCUUUCUACUUCCCAUCGUUUCAUCAAGAUUCAACCAUAUAAGAGAAGUCGAGAAUCUUCUCAAACUGAAAUCCGCAUUUGGUGAAACAGAAUCAGACAACGUCUUCACCACCUGGACUCACCGGAACUCGGCUUGUGAAUUCGCCGGCAUCGUCUGCAAUUCCGGCGGAAACGUCGUCGAAAUCAACCUUGGAAGUCGGAGUUUGAUCAACGGAGAUAACACUAGUCCCGAUCUUCCUUUCGAUUCAAUCUGCGAUUUGAAGUUUCUGAAGAAGCUUUUUCUUGGAAACAACUCCUUGCGUGGCCGGAUUCUUAAGAAUCUCAGAAACUGUAAUCGCCUGAGAUACUUAGACCUCGGAAUCAACAAUUUCUCCGGCGAGUUUCCGGCUAUUGGUUCGUUGCGACUACUCGAGUUUUUGAGCGUAAACGCUUCUGGAAUCUCUGGGAAAUUCCCGUGGAGUUCACUGAAGAACAUGAAGAGAUUGAAGUUCUUAAGCGUCGGAGAUAACCAAUUCGAGCCGCAUCCAUUUCCCGGAGAGAUUCUAAACCUCACCGCCUUGAAUUGGCUUUACAUGAGUAACAGCAGCAUCGCCGGAAAGAUCCCGGAGGGGAUCAAAAGCCUUGUUCUUCUACAAAACCUUGAGCUCUCCAAUAAUGAAAUCUCCGGUGAGAUUCCGAAAGGGAUAGUUCAGCUCAGAAACCUAAGGCAGCUUGAGAUUUACAGCAAUUACUUGACCGGUAAGUUACCGACAGGGUUUGGAAAUUUGAGGAAUCUGAGGAACUUCGACGCCUCUAACAACUCGUUAGAAGGUGAUUUGUCAGAGCUCAGGUACUUAAAGAACCUCGUAUCUCUUGGAUUGUUCGAAAACAGACUAACCGGUGAGAUCCCAAAAGAGUUUGGAGAUUUCAAGAGGUUAGCUGGUUUGUCUCUUUACAGAAACCAGCUCACAGGGAAGCUUCCGGACAGACUCGGAUCUUGGACCGGAUUUAAACACAUCGAUGUUUCCGAGAACUUCUUGGAAGGUGAUAUCCCUCCUGGUAUGUGCAAGAAAGGCGCAAUGACGCAUCUUCUCAUGUUACAGAACAGAUUCACAGGACAGUUCCCAGAGAGCUAUGCAAAAUGCAAGACUCUGAUUCGUGUUCGUGUGAGCAAUAACUCUCUCUCUGGUGUGAUUCCUUAUGGGAUCUGGGGUUUACCUAAUCUCCAGUUUCUUGAUCUUGCUUCAAACCGUUUCGAAGGAAAUCUCACUGGUGAAUUCGGUGAUGCCAAGUCUCUUGGCUCUUUAGAUUUGAGCAGGAAUCGUUUUUCAGGUUCUCUACCGUCUCAGAUCUCAGGAGCUAACUCGCUAGUGUCUGUUAAUAUUCGUAUGAACAAGUUUUCAGGGCAAGUCCCUGAAUCUUUCGGAAAACUUAAGGAGCUUUCGAGUCUCUAUCUUGACCAGAAUAAUCUAUCUGGUGCUAUACCAGAGUCACUAGGCUUGUGUACAUCUCUGGCUGACCUAAACCUCGCUGGGAACUCACUCUCUGGUAAUAUCCCGGAAAGUUUUGGAUCUUUACAGUUGUUGAAUUCUCUGAAUCUCUCAGGAAACAAACUAUCAGGAACGAUUCCCUUCGGUUUAUCGUCUCUUAAGCUAAGCUUACUUGACUUAUCCAACAACGAGUUGGCCGGUUCUGUUCCUCAAUCACUCGAAAGCGGAAGCUUUGAAGGAAAUUCAGGGCUAUGCAGCUCAGAGAUCGCAUAUCUUCAGCCUUGUCCGCUUGGAAAACCCCGUGGCGACAGCGGGACAGUGAGACACUUGUCAGAAUUGGAGAUCUGUUUCAUAUUUGCUGCGGUAUUUGCUCUGUCUCUUUUAUUCUGUUACGUGAUCUUCAAGAUAAAGAAAGAUAGGUCAAAUCAGACGGCUAAGGAGAGGAACGACUGGGUAGUGAGCUCUUUCCGGUUAAUAAACUUGGAUGAAAUGGAAAUCAUCGAUGAGAUCAAGUCAGAGAAUCUCAUAGGCAGAGGCGGUCACGGAAACGUGUACAGAGUAACCUUAGGAAACGGCGAAACACUAGCCGUCAAACACGUAUGGGGACAAGGAAGUUGCAACGAAAGCUUCAGAAGCUCAACGGGAAUGUUAAGUGACAGAGACAACAACAGCAACAACAAUAACCGAGAGUUCGAGGCGGAAGUUGCAACAUUAAGCAAUGUAAAACACAUAAACGUUGUGAAGUUGUUGUGUAGCAUAACGAGUGAAGACAGCAAGUUGCUUGUGUAUGAGUUUAUGCCUAAUGGAAGCUUGUGGGAACAGUUGCACGAGCGUCGUGGUGAGCAAGAGAUUGGAUGGCGUGUGAGACAAACGAUAGCUUUAGGAGCUGCUAAAGGGCUGGAGUAUCUGCACCAUGGGUUAGAUCGGCCUGUGAUUCAUCGUGACGUCAAGUCCAGCAAUAUCUUGCUUGAUGAGGAGUGGAGACCAAGGAUUGCUGAUUUUGGAUUGGCUAAAAUCAUUCAGUCUGAUUCGGUUCAACGAGAUUUCUCUGCUCCUCUCGUUGAAGGAACUCUCGGUUACAUUGCCCCUGAAUACGCCUACACUACGAGCGUGAACGAGAAGAGCGACGUAUACAGCUUUGGGGUGGUUCUAAUGGAGUUGGUGACGGGGAAGAAGCCGGUGGAGGCAGAGUUCGGAGAGGACAGAGACAUCGUCAUGUGGGUUUGGAACAGGAGCAAGGAGAUGAACAGAGAGAAGAUGAUGGAGAUCAUCGAUCCGAUUAUACAAAAUGAAUACAAAGAGGAUGCUCUUAAAGUGUUGACAAUUGCUUUGUUAUGUACUGCCAAGUCUCCUCAGGUUAGACCGUUUAUGAAAUCAGUGGUUUGUAUGCUGGAGAAAACAGAGCCUUCUUGCAACAACAAAAGUGGAGAAGCAAGUUACGUUGUGAGUGAUGAUGAGGAGAUUACUGAUGUUUAA